CACACAGUCGGAAACAACCAGCUUCAAAAGCACACGAUAUCCGGAACUUGCUAAAACGGAAACAGGGAAGAUGCGUCAAACGAUGUUGUGAACUAAUCCUCGGUCACAUUUAUUGCACCCACCUCGGGUCCCUGUUUUCUAUUGGAAGAGGUCGAAGUAGUUGAAGUAUAGCACAUUGCACGGACUGGAACAAGUUCACUAUGGAGACGGGUCAGCACAGACAACAAAACCAAGUUGUUGGUCUUGGGCGACCAACAAGUCUUCUCACGGCACCGCCAGCUUAUCAACAUCGUCAGACUCAUAGUUUUGGCACAGGAAUUACGGACGGACCUUGGCGGCGUGGUGAGGUGAUCUGUGCUGGAAAAGUUGAUCACAAUUUGGUGGAUCACGGGAACUUCCGCCUUCUCUCCCACAACGGAAUUCGCCGACCGGGCCGUGGCCGAAAUUCUUGGUGGUCUCGUGGACGUCGUAGGCCAAACUAUUCCAGUCAUUACGCUGGGUCGCCUGUUUAUCCGCCAGCCGGAGCAGGACAGCCACGCGGUCAGAUUGUGUAUCGCAAUGCUUUGCGCCGUACGUGGAACGCCAGUAUGCCACAGUGCCUACAGCAUUGUGGUUUAGCUGGACAAACUGGUAGUACGGAUGACGGGUUUAUUGAUGAUACUCUGUUGACUGACAUCAACCAGUUUAGUUUGCACGAGUCCUCAUCUGACUAUUUCGAAAUUUAUGACCAAUCGGAAUCAGUUGCGGUCAUACAGAAGCGACACCUGACUAGCACUGCCUCCUCAGAUGCACUGGACGAAGCAGACCAGCAAGACCAAAUCAAACAUCCUUUGGGGAAAUCUGAAAAUUGUGUGAGUAAAUUAGAUGAGAGCCUUGUGAAAGGCGGUUCCUCAGGGUUGGGCGAACGGCCAGAAGAUGGAUACGACGAGCAACAGGAAUCGAGACAAGACUUAAAACCGGCCGCUUUGGGAGUUCCAUCCCUACAUGGGGCCCGAACGCCAACUGAUUACAUGACUUUGGUGUGGGAUUCUAAUCUUACCGACGAUACGGAUCCUUCGUUGGACCUAAAAUCCGAUGACUUGGCCGGAAGUGAUUGACUAUUCUGCUCUUACUUAUUCACCCGGAUGACGGACGCCUCGUUCAAAGACGCGUUGAAGGACGCCAAAUCCAUCAGGCUGCAUCCAAAGUGCCACUCACCGGUUCAGGUUCUAUUUGUCUAAGUCGCUUUCCCCUUCUCCGCGCCUUCCAUUGAUGGGUUUCGUUUCGCCGCCAAUUUUUCGCUUUCUCUUCAUUGUUUUGUCUGUCCACAUGCUCAGUUCUGUUCACUUGUUUACUGUCCAAAGCAUUUGGAGUGAGACAGAUCAAGAGUUAUUUUAUAAAUUGUCCAAAAAGUGCCCACGAUCCA